AUGUAUACCAGAAUAUUCAUAACAGUGAGCUUGGUGGCGCACUGGCGGUCUGUGCUAGCCGUACCGACAUGGCCAGCACCUACUGAUGAGUUGGAAGAUAUGAUGUUCCUCAAUACAGGCUACCGAUCGAGGGGCCUAGCGAAUCUAGUUACGCCUUGCUCGAAGGGACUCAACACCAGCCGGGUUACGGCGGCCGAAUGGCUUCGGACUGCCUUCCAUGAUUCGAUUAGUGGUAACAUAUACACCGGCGCAGGUGGACUAGACGGAUCGAUUGCAUGGGAGCUCGACAGCCUCGAGAACGAAGGGAAUUUCGCCGACGAUUCAGUAGCCGCCUGGGCACCCUUUGUCUCCGAUUUGACAUCCUUAUCCGAUGUGAUUGCUGCCGCGACGUACGUCUUGACACGUUCCUGCAGCAAUAUCAGUGUUGCGGUUCGCGGCGGCCGUGUUGAUGCAACCGAAGCUGGACCCAGCGGAUUCGUGCCUCAGCCUCAGAACGCUGUCAGCAUCUUUCGAAAUCAAUUUGCAAGGCUGGGUCUGGACGACCAAGGCAUGGUUCAAUUUAUUGCCUGUGGUCAUUCGAUUGGCGGCGUCCACGGUGGGGAUCAUCCGGAGAUCACUGAUUCAGCUCUCGCGAAUUUCGACACAACUCCUGCUGUAUUGGACAAUCAAAUCGCUGUCGAGUAUGUCUCGGGAACCACGAAUGAUCCUCUAGUAGUCGGGAAAUCGACAACCAACACAAGGAACUCCGAUUUCAGAGUGUUCAGCCAGGCAGAUAAGAAUGCCACUAUCAGAUCGCUGGCAGCCGAUCCUCAACUGUUCGCAAACGCUUGCAAAUCGCUUUUCCAGACAAUGAUCGAUCAAGUCCCAGCUGGAACCCAGCUUUCGGACCCUAUUGCCCCGUAUGAAGUCAAGCCGUAUGCGUUGCAGCUUACUCUUCUUGAUGGUGGUUCAAGAAUCAGAUUCACCGGCGACGUUCGGAUCCGCACCACCCAGGGGACUAUCUCGCAAGUGCAGCUUGUAUACACCGAUCGCAAUGGUGCAGUGGCGCAGACACCCAUCAGCACCUCGGUCAAGGGCACUGCUACAGGCUUCGAUGAUAGCUUUUCCUUCUUUGGUUUCUCCACAGACCUUCUCGUGGAUACUUCGAUUUCAUCGUUCAGAGUUUCAGUCACCUAUAGCGACUCCACUCAGGCCACGUAUGACAACAAUGGAUCCGGGUUCCAGGUGGUGGACACCGUCAUCUACCAGGCUCCACAAAGUUGCUUAGACUCUUCCGGAAAGCUGACAGUCGUCGCUGCUGUUCGUAAUCAGACAGUGCCUCAUUUACAAGUCUUGAUCAAGGUACCGCAGGCUGAGCCGAAUCCUGUGCCUUCGAUCUCUAUGAGUACAGUGCCUAUGGCGGCCCAAUCUGCAGUUGGUCCGUACCAACUCUACUCGGCUGACUUGGCUUUCCCGAAUUCUCUAGCUAAUCCGCCUGUGUUUGGUGUUUUUGCGGGCAGUGUGUCGGAUUCGAGGAAGAGUGUGAGCGGCUUGCCCACCAGUUGCAAUACGUUGGCGCCAGCAAGACAAAGUUCUCAAAUAAAAACAUCGAGCUCGGCAACGACACAAUCUUCGAUUAGUAGCUCUUCCUCUGCGAUCGUGUCAACCACAGCUACGCUGUCGAGUAGUUCAAUCACUUCCUCCGACAUUGUGUCAGCAUCUAGUGGGACGUCUACCCAGAGUUUACAUGCGACUGGAUCAUCAACCUCUUCGUCUACCACUCUUUCUCCAUCACCAACACCCUCUGCAAACGUCUCAUUCCAAGGCUGCUACUACGACGCUGUCAACCCCCGAGCCCUCUCAGCGGAGUCUACAUCCUCCUCCGACAUGACCGUAGAAGAGUGCGCAGCAGCCUGCACGCAAUACCACUACUUCGGCCUAGAAUACGCUCGAGAAUGCUACUGCGGCAACACUCUCGACUCCGCCAGCACCCAGCAGCCCGCCACCGACUGCAACAUGCCGUGCAGCGGCACCUCCACGCAACUCUGCGGCGGCCCCUCCCGCCUCAGCCUCUACACCAACCUGCUCUACUCCCAACCCAGCAACCCACAGAUCCCCGGGUAUGACUACAAAGGCUGCUACAGCGAGGGUACCACCACGCGCGCGCUCCUAGGCGCGAGUUUUAGUGAAGCGGACAUGACGGUGCAAACAUGCGCGUCGCUUUGUCAAGGGACGGCGUACUUCGGCCUGGAGUACGGGCGAGAAUGCUACUGCGCCCCCACCCUCCAGUCCUCCUCCUCCCCCUCCCCCAACAACCUGCACCAUGCGCUGCGCCGCAAACCAAACUCAGUACUGCGGCGGGCCUAA